AUGUUUUCAAACUUCAGUCGCCACAGGGUCAGAAGUUUCGAGGAUUCACAAAAUAACCUUAAGUCCUAUGGGGAAAAAAUGAAGUCCUACAUGAACCUUAGUGUGGCGCCUUGUGAUGACUUUUACGAAUACGCCUGCGGAAAUUGGAAAAACGUACGACCGGACCACUUCCAGUAUAAUAGCGAGAGUGUCAACAUGAGGGAUAUAGUCCACACCAUACGCGACGAAGUAGAGAAGUUCCUGACCAACAAGCAGUUGGCCCAGGCUCUCAGCGUUUCUUCAGAAUUGCUGGUUGCGCAACAGUUCUACAACGCGUGUCGCUCUGCUGUAUUGCUGCCAUUUCCGGCCGCUGACCCCGCUUAUCUGGCGCUUAUCAGGUCAGUAGGCGGUUUCCCUGCCAUCGACGGAGCGGCAUGGAAUGCCACUACAUUCAGCUGGUUUAACAUGAGUGCCCAUCUUACUAAUUUUGGGAUCAAUGGGUUGAUCAACGAGGAAAUUAUCGUCGUUCCGCAUUUUAAAUUGCCAGAACUGGGCUUUGAUCACAUUGUGCAAACAGAUAACAUAUUCAACAAUACCUCUAGAGCCUACAAGCUGAACGAGAAAAGAAUGCAGAUUUAUCUGCAGGCUUUUAACCUCACGGAGGACAAGAUUUCGGAGGUGAUCGCUGGGGUUUUUGCCUUCUGGCGUGACGCACUGACAAUUGAAGAUAAAUUUCAUGGCGAUGGGGAGAAAUGCAUAGAAAUUUCUAAAAACGAAAAUGUGCCAAAGUACCAUCAGUGGGAGAGUUACUAUGAAAUUGCAUGGAACGGACGAAACUUUUCUAGCAGACUGGUUGGAUAUUGCGACUACUACUACGAACAGUUGGAUAAAGUGUGCUCAAGACACCCAGAGGCUGUGGCAAACUAUCUGUCCCUACUACUGUUAUAUCGAAUGGAUGCCAAACUGGAAGAGGAGAAGUAUCACAAGGAUUACUGCCUCUUAGCGGUACAAUUCGGAUUUUCCCAUCUUUUCAACAAGCUUUACAUGGCGAAGCAUUUUACCGAACGGACUCGCUCAGAAGUAUCUGCUAUCGUAGAGGAACUUCAAAAUAGCCAGAGGAAAGCGCUGCAAAAAGUAGAAUGGUUGGACCCGGAGACUCGGCGCGAAGCACUGCUCAAACAGUCCACCAUUAAGACCGUAAUUGGAAGCUACAAAAACGAACAGGUUACCACUCGCUUGAUCCAAAAAUUUCGCGGCCUGCACUUGGAGGGCGCGAGCUACCCGCAGAGUCUGAUCCAACUGGCGAUGUUGGUUACCCGCUUGAAGCGCUUUCAUGGAUUCCAUUACGAGGAACUAGAUGAGAAAUCCAAGCCUCUGCAUUUUCUUUUGGGCAUGCAGGUGAAUGCGUUUUAUUACUUGGAUAACUCCAUUUAUGUGAUGGCUGGCAUAUUGCAUCCACCUGUCUAUCAUCCCAACUGGCCCAAUUCUUUGAAAUUUGGUACCUUGGGCUACCUGGUGGGCCACGAGCUAACCCAUGGCUUUGAUACUAAGGGCUCCCAGUUCAAUAGUGAGGGGAAAAUGCACAACUGGUGGACCAAGAAGUCUGGUGCUGCUUUUAAGGAGCGGGAAAUGUGCAUUAUAGAUCACUAUAACAGCUACCAUAUACCGGAGAUUAAUCGCAACAUUAACGGAAAAAAGACCAAGGACGAAAACAUCGCGGACAUCGGUGGGCUGCAGAGAGCCCUUGAUGCAUACCGCAGCCACAUGAAACAUUUAAAAAAUAGAAGCAAAGAGAAUAGCGAGACCCUAAGAAACGAACAAAUGCCCGGAUUGGAUCUGUCGCCGGAACAGCUUUUCUUUCUCGGAUUUGCGCAGCUCUGGUGUGCAGAUUACAAGCAGGAACACUUUUGGAACCACUUAACUGAUGAACACACCAUAGAAAAGUAUCGCGUCUUGGGCGCAGUCUCCAACAAUCAUGACUUUUCCCAGGUCUAUAACUGCCCUGCGGGAAGCCCAAUGCAUCCCCAUCAUACCUGCCACAUUUGGUAA